CGCGCGCCCCCUUCCGCGCGCUCACGCUUGCGCUAUCCUGGGUUUCCCCGCCCGCUCUCGUUGUCAGAGCCGCUCCGGCGCGUGCGCGCGUUAUCGCCGGCCGACCGGAGUGGUCGGGUUCCCUCCGCUCCAGGCCCCCGCCCCUCGCCGCCCCCUCCCAGCCCCCGGGCAGCCUGUCUCCUUCCUCUCCCCGCGGAAUGGGGCCGGCGCUGCUCGGGGUCGCGCGCCCGAGACCCGGCUCGCGCUCGGUCUCGCGCUGUCAGCGACUGUCCAGCUCGCGCCGCCUCGCGCUCUCCCUCAGUCACUGGCGCCGGAGGCUCCGUUAAGCGGCGGCGGUGGUUCCUGUUUCCGUUUCUUCCUCUCCCUUCAGUCGGUAGUAGCAUCCUCCACCCAGCCACCUCUCCCACUCCCCUCGCGGAGGGCAGCUGCGGCUGCGGCUGUGGCGGCGGCGACCGGGGAGCAGCGGAGACCGCCUCUGCUCCCGCCUCGGAUCACAGCUUUUGCUAAGAGAGCUCUCUUGACACAAGACAACAUGCUCUGUUGCCCUUAUUGAUUAAUUGAACAAAUUCAGUUGAUUAUUUCAGUGACCCAGAUUCAAGCAAUAAUAUCUUUCUUUGGAAAUAUCAUGUGGUUUUGUCAGCAUCUUAUGUUCUAGGAGAAGAAAGCAUAGAGUCCAUGAAGCACAGGACAAUAAGCUUCCUACUCAUACCAGAAGACCUCUUUGAAAGAUUCACCACAGCACUACCGGAGACACUAAUUUGUCUGAAUCAUCAUGUGUUGAAACAGCAGAAGGCUACUACCUUUGCACUAACAGGAAACAGUUAAGAUGUUGGUGAUUCUUUGAGUUCCAGAAAGCUAGGGGAGUGAGCUGAAAAUCUGAAAAUGCGGCCAUGGACUGGUUCCUGGCGUUGGAUUAUGCUCAUUCUUUUUGCCUGGGGGACCUUGCUGUUUUAUAUAGGUGGCCAUUUGGUACGAGAUAAUGACCACCCUGAUCACUCUAGCCGAGAACUGUCCAAGAUUCUGGCAAAGCUUGAACGCUUAAAACAGCAAAAUGAAGAUUUGAGGCGAAUGGCUGAAUCUCUCCGGCCUGCUGUCAGAGAAUUGAGAGGAUCAGCAUUUCCAAUACUUUGUGAUAGCAACCCUUGUGAUUACAAUUUUGGCCGACCUCGGAUACCAGAAGGCCCCGUUGAUCAGGGGCCAGCUUCUGGAAGGAUUCGUGCUUUAGAAGAGCAGCUUGUGAAGGCCAAAGAGCAAAUUGAAAAUUAUAAGAAACAAACUAGAAAUGGUCUGGGGAAGGAUCAUGAAAUUCUGAGGAGGAGGAUUGAAAAUGGAGCUAAAGAGCUCUGGUUUUUUCUACAAAGUGAACUGAAGAAAUUAAAGAAUUUAGAAGGAAAUGAACUCCAAAGACAUGUGGAUGAAUUUCUGUCAGAUUUGGGACAUCAUGAAAGGUCCAUAAUGACGGACCUAUACUACCUCAGUCAAACAGAUGGAGCAGGUGAUUGGCGGGAAAAAGAGGCCAAAGAUUUGACAGAACUGGUCCAGCGGAGAAUAACAUAUCUUCAGAAUCCCAAGGACUGCAGCAAAGCCAAGAAGCUAGUGUGUAAUAUCAACAAAGGCUGUGGCUACGGCUGUCAACUCCAUCAUGUGGUCUACUGCUUCAUGAUUGCAUAUGGCACCCAGCGAACACUGAUCUUGGAGUCUCAGAAUUGGCGUUAUGCUACUGGUGGGUGGGAAACUGUGUUUAGACCUGUAAGUGAGACCUGCACAGACCGAUAUGGCAUCUCCACAGGACACUGGUCAGGUGAAAUAAAGGACAAAAAUGUUCAGGUGGUGGAGCUCCCCAUUGUGGACAGUCUUCAUCCUCGUCCUCCAUAUCUACCCCUGGCUGUACCAGAAGACCUUGCAGAUCGACUUGUUCGAGUUCAUGGUGACCCUGCAGUGUGGUGGGUGUCACAGUUUGUCAAAUACUUGAUCCGCCCACAACCUUGGCUGGAAAAGGAGAUAGAAGAGGCCACCAAGAAGCUUGGCUUCAAACAUCCAGUUAUUGGAGUCCAUGUCAGACGCACAGACAAGGUGGGAACAGAAGCUGCCUUCCAUCCCAUUGAGGAGUACAUGGUGCACGUUGAAGAACAUUUUCAGCUUCUCGCUCGCAGGAUGCAAGUGGAUAAAAAAAGAGUGUAUUUGGCCACAGAUGACCCUUCUUUAUUAAAGGAGGCAAAAACAAAGUACCCCAGUUAUGAAUUUAUUAGUGAUAACUCUAUCUCUUGGUCAGCUGGACUACACAAUCGAUACACGGAAAAUUCACUUAGGGGUGUGAUUCUGGAUAUACACUUUCUUUCCCAGGCAGACUUCCUAGUGUGUACUUUUUCAUCCCAGGUCUGUCGAGUCGCUUAUGAAAUCAUGCAAACACUGCAUCCUGAUGCCUCUGCAAACUUCCAUUCUUUGGAUGACAUCUACUAUUUUGGGGGCCAAAAUGCCCACAACCAGAUUGCCAUUUAUCCUCACGAGCCUCGAACUGCAGAUGAAAUUCCCAUGGAACCUGGAGAUAUCAUUGGUGUGGCUGGAAAUCAUUGGGAUGGCUAUUCUAAAGGUGUCAACAGGAAACUGGGAAGGACGGGCUUGUAUCCCUCCUACAAAGUCCGAGAGAAGAUAGAGACAGUCAAGUACCCCACAUAUCCUGAAGCCGAGAAAUAAAGCUUAAGAUGGAGGAGAAGGACAACUAAACUCAGUUCAAACUAUUUGAGCCAAACAGUAGAUGAAGAAGGCCCUGUCCUAACAACACAUGGUUGUAUGAGUAGACACCCUCAGCAUCAGGAGCAGCUGAGAAUUGACAGAUGUUUUGUUGGUGAAAUUUCUCUUUAACAAGGGCUACAAUGCCCAAAACCCCUGCACAGUCGAAUAAUGUACUCACAUAUAACAUGCAAGCAGGUGAUUUUCGACUUUGCCUCUUCUUUCAAGAUUAUGUCUCCAUGAGAAAAACACUGCCACAUUGUAAUUUAAGUGACACAGACAUUUGUGUGAGACUUCAAACAUGGUGCCUAUCUCUGAGAGACCUGAUGAGAAGACUUGAAUAGCUCCCCGCUGUGGGGAGGUGGAUUCUUAGCCAGUGGUAAUAAUGCAACCACUGAAUUCACUCCAGUCAGCAGAUUCAGAAUGAGAAUGGAUGUUCUUGUCUGGAAUUUUUUUUAAGUAAUUACAUCAGUUCAUCCAUCUCAUCUUUAAUAAGUGAAGGAGAUACAUUGAAAUAAAAUAUUCUCAUUCCAUUAGGAACUUUUGUAAAAUGAUGCCAUGAACAGAUUCUUUAGUACUCAAUGUUUCUGGCCAUUCUCUUUGAUAACAAAAAAUAAAUUUUAAAAAGAAAUUUU